GGCAUUCUGCUUUAUAGCACAGCCAAAAAGGUUGUACUGCGGAGACUCAAGUCUUUUUCUGACGGCAAUUUUAUAGUCGUUUCUCUGAGUUUCUGUGUUUUGAGAUAUCUUGUUCUGUCAGACACCAGGAAAUUCAGUAAUUUCCAUAUCAAGAGAACGGAGUGGAAUAUUUAGGGUAUUACUUGACCGUGACGGACAAAUGCUUUUCUUUCUUCUGUGAGAUCACCUUUACCUCAGUUUGAAGACUCUUUACACUCAGCUUUUGACAUUGGAUAUUUAAGGAUGCAUUUUGUGAUGGCUGUGAGUCCUUUUGUGUUCAUGACUCUAUUUUUGUCACUGGUUGAAACUAAGUUCUACAGACCAUUUCAGUUCAACCAGUAUAAAGCUGGGCUCAUGCAACACCACGACCAAGGGAAACCCACCAGCAGACACAAAAACCACUGUGCCUAUGUGGUUGAAAAGACAGUAUCCUUCACGGUGCAGGAUGGGGCAGCUCCAUAUGUAAAAGCAGAGUACAACAAGUGUUCCUGGGGUCAAAAAUGUCCAACUCUCCAGUAUCGUCUGAUGUACAAGCCAAUGUACAAGGUGGCGCAUAAAACCGUCACAGAGCUGGAGUGGCGUUGUUGUCCUGGAUACUCUGGUUAUGGCUGCAUGGAGGGACAUCCGGUCUACCAACACCCCAUCAAAAUGAUGCCGCCAUUCAAGGGUCCGCCCAUGAAAGGCCCACAGUUUAAGGGGCCACAGUACAAAGGUCCCAUGUUCAAGGGUCCCAUGUUUAAGGGCCCACCUAUGAACACUGUUGUGAAGGCCAACCCGUGGAGUCAACCCAAAGGACCUCCCACCGGCAGUUUUAACUCUUACCCAAUGCGCCACUUUGGGCCUCCAAGGACCUCCUCCUACCCAGACACCUCCUUUGAGCCUUUUCCGUCUGAGCCAGAGCAAAUGCCAGAGCACCAGGAACCUCAUCACACAGAGCAUGACCAAGAACAUGAGCAUGAACAUGAGCAUGACCAUAGCCAAGGACCUGAGGAACACAUACCAGAGGAAAUCCCACUUCCUCCCUCUGGUGGUGAACAGCCUGAGGGUGAGACCACAGGCCCUGCUCGAGACAGUGAGACAGAGGAGCGAAUAUAUCGAAUGGAGGAGGAUGUGCAACGUCUAAACCAGGGUCUUGAGACCCUGAGGGGAACUGUAAAUGGACUGGAAGAUAGUCUACGAGCUUCACUGAGAGAGGAUGCCAACAGGAUGCUGUCAGCUCUGCUCUCUGCUGCCCCUGGUCCUGUUCCUGCUCCAGCUGUAGCCUCUGCUCUAUCCACUGUAGGGUUUGUAGAGAUUCCUGGGGGAGACCCUGCGACAGAGGGUCUAGAUGGCAGACAUAUUUUUCCAGGCCUUACAGAACUGAAUGGAAGAAUAGAGGAGCUCAGGACAGAGCUGCAAGCCAAGACAGCAGAGCUGCAGGAACUCAAAACAACGGUGAUGGGGCAUGAUGGGGCACUAAAGAAGAUGUCAAACACAGCGGGAGUGGUAUCGGACUCCACUGGCAAUCUUGGGGGAAAUGCCCAGAAAGCUAUGGAGAAGUUGAUGGAUGCCAAGCUGAGUGGAGCCAGGACAGAAAUUCUUGGUGGGUUUGAGAAGCGUGUAGAGAGUGCAGAGGACCGGUGCAAGGAGAAAGCUGGGGAUUUGCGUCGUCAGUGCCAGAGGGAGCAAAGUGUGAGGCAGGAGCAGAUGGAGGACGCUCUGGAGGAAAGCAACACAAACUUGAGAACAGAGUUGAGAAACCUCCAGGUUCAGAUACAUGGUUUAAAGGCUACGGGGAACUGCUCUGAUACAGUUAGUGGACUGACUGAAAGGGUGCAGAUGCUGGAAACAUCAGUGGCAGGCCUCAACCAGUCCCAGGGCCACCUGAGAGUGGAGCUGGGAGGACACAAGGACCACAUAGAGGGAAUACUGGAGGGACGACUGGGGUAUGUAGAGACCAAGCUCAACCUGACUGGGCAGAUUCAAAGCGAUGAACCUGGAAGGCACAGUGGUAUCCAUGGCAGAGCUGAGACAGGACAGGGCAUGGAGGCCAGAAUGGAGAGUAAGCUAAGGGCUCUGGAAGGCCGUUUACUGACGGCGUUGGAGGAGCUGGGUAAUGCCACUGCACCCGCACUGCUGGAGGGUCAUGCUGUUCCCACUCUGGAGACAGAGCUCGAGUCCCUUCGAGGGAGACUUGAGGUGGAUGUGGACAGAGUGCAGAAGCACCUGAGCAGCCUUGAGACUCUCUGCUCCUCUUCUUGUUCCUCACCCCAAAAGCCAUCUGCCAUCCAGGGAGACUCUGCUGCUCCAAGCACUGAGCUGGCAGAGGAACAGAAUGUGAAAGAGGCACUGGACAUCCAGGGUGGCCGUUUGAAUAGCCUCAACGUCACACUACAGAACAUCUUGAGGCGUCUGACCCUCAGGGACCAGCAGAAACAAGCAGAAGGAGAGUACCCCAUCCAGGGAGAGCUCACAAUCCUCAAGUUUAACAUGCGCACAGUCAACCACACCCUCAAAAACCUCCAGGAUUCCCUGGGGACGGUGGUCCAGCAGGUGGAUCAAGCCAACAGCUCCUGGCAUGGGAGAGAGGCUCGUCUGGCCCAGCAGAUAAAGGGUGUGGUGCAGCUGGUUGGACAUCAGGCGUCCAUGCUUGGGGCAGGUGAGCGCAGACUGACCCGCGUUAAAGGUGAGCUGCAGGAGAUGAAGAGGCGGCUAGCUGAGGAGGUCCGGGGCUGCCGGAGCACAGCUAUGGGGGUCCAGAAAGAGGUAACUGAGGUCGGAGGACGUGUUGCCAGUGUGGAGGACCAGUGUAAGGGCCUGAAUUCCUUGGCAGAUGACCUGGAGAGAAUCAGGGAGGAGUUGGAGAGACAAUCGAACGGGCUUCUCACGCAAGUCAACGGGACUCUGUCCAGCCAUGCUCAGCAGCUGUCAGAGCUGAGAGGCGAACUCAGAAACUGCACCUCCCAGGUGGAGCCGACACAACAGAGUUUAGAUCUGAAGCCUGAGCUGGAACGAGGGGACACCUUCACUUUGAAUUAGCUCAGUUUAUACGGACGAUAGAUUUUAAAAAAUGAAUGAAAAAGGGGAAAUACUUUGCAGGUGUACUGGGGGUCCACUAAAACCCUACCUUAUUAUUUGCAUUGUAAGACACAAAGGUUUUGAAUCUGCACUGAAAUACAGAUGGUUACAGUACAAAAUAAAAACAAAAAUGGCAGCUAAAACUGCACUAAUAAAGCAGUAUCUUGAAACUGAAUCACAAAGGUGCUUAAAUUAACUCCUUGUUGUAAUGGACCAUUAGUUAAAGCCGAAAGAUAAACAGCUGCACGUUUAAAUGUACUGUUCCUGCAAAGCUUACAGAUUAUUGUAUUGUUUAACAAUGUUUACAUGUUUAAGUUUUUGUACUGAUUUUUCUUAUGUCUAGACUAGAAAUAUCCAAGAUGUUAUGUUUUUAUAUGAUUUCAAUUUGUGAGCAUGUGUUCCUAUUCUGAUUGUAA